UUCAUUUCCGUGUUGUUGUUGCUGUGCUGUCAUUUUUUCCGUUUAUUUGAUUUUCUGAGAUUUCCCUAGGGAUCGAAGAUGACGGUUGGGGCUGGGAUCUCUGUGAGCGAUGGGAGGUUGAAUGUGGUUGGGGAGACUAUAUUGACCGAUGUUCAUGACAACAUCAUCGUGACGCCGGCCGCCGGAGGAAUCCUGACAAAUGGAGCCUUCCUCGGCGUUGUUUCCGAUCAGAUUGGUAGCCGCAGGGUUUUCCCCGUCGGCAAACUCAUGGAUUUGAGGUUUAUGUGUGUUUUCCGGUUCAAGUUGUGGUGGAUGACACAGAGGAUGGGCAGUUAUGGCCAGGACAUUCCGUUUGAGACGCAAUUCCUGAUCGUCGAAGGGCGGGAUGGUUCGCAUUUCGGCGAAGAUGAGAAGGAACAAUCAGCUCAAUAUGUUGUGUUCUUGCCGAUUCUAGAGGGAAAUUUUAGGGCUGUUUUGCAAGGAAAUGCAAAUAAUGAGCUGGAAAUUUGCUUGGAAAGUGGGGAUCCUGCUGUUCAAGAGUUCGAUGGGAGCCAUAUGGUGUUUGUUGGAGCUGGAUCUGAUCCAUUUGAUGUCAUUACCAAUGCAGUCAAGACUGUGGAGGGGCAUUUAAAGACUUUCAGUCAUCGUGAGAGGAAGAAGAUGCCGGACAUGUUGAACUGGUUCGGAUGGUGUACAUGGGAUGCCUUCUAUACUAAUGUUACUGCCCAGGGAGUGAAGCAGGGUUUGGAGAGUUUGGAGAAAGGCGGGAUUCCCCCAAAGUUUGUAAUUAUUGAUGACGGGUGGCAGUCAGUUGGCAUGGAUCCAACUAGUGAGAAAACAGAAGCAGAUAACUGUGCUAACUUCGCGAACAGAUUAACAAAUAUCAAGGAGAACCACAAAUUUCAAAAGGAUGGGAUAGAGGGUGAAAGAAUUGAGGAUCCAGCAAAAGGAAUCCGGCACAUUGUUUCAGAAAUCAAAGAUGAACACUCUGUCAAGUAUGUCUAUGUGUGGCAUGCAUUGGCUGGUUACUGGGGUGGUGUCAAACCUGAAGCAGCUGCAAUGGAGCAUUAUGAGUCCAAGAUGAUUUUCCCUGUCUCAUCUCCUGGGGUUGAGUCGAAUGAACCAUGUGAUGCCUUCAAUAGCAUUGCCAAGAGUGGCCUUGGUUUAGUUAAUCCUGACAAAGUCUUUAGUUUCUACAAUGAGUUGCACUCAUACCUUGCAUCAGCUCGCAUUGAUGGUGUCAAGGUAGAUGUCCAGAACAUUCUCGAAACCCUUGGAGCCGGCCAUGGUGGAAGAGUGAAGCUUGCUCAGAAAUACCACCAAGCACUGGAGGCGUCUAUCUCAAGAAACUUCCCAGAUAAUGGGAUCAUUUCCUGCAUGAGCCACAACACAGAUGGUUUGUACAGUUCCAAGCGAUCUGCUGUUAUAAGAGCAUCAGAUGACUUCUGGCCGCGCGAUCCAGCAUCACACACUAUCCACAUUGCAUCAGUUGCUUACAACACCGUUUUUCUUGGGGAGUUUAUGCAACCAGAUUGGGAUAUGUUCCAUAGUGUGCAUGAAAUGGCCGAAUACCAUGGAGCAGCACGAGCCGUGGGAGGUUGUGCUAUAUAUGUCAGCGAUAAGCCCGGGCAGCACGACUUCAACCUUCUCAGGAAGCUCGUGCUUCCUGAUGGCUCCAUCUUGAGGGCUAAACUUCCAGGAAGACCAACUCGCGAUUGCCUCUUCUCAGACCCCGCUAGAGAUGGAAAAAGUUUGUUGAAAAUCUGGAAUCUGAAUGAUCACAAUGGAGUUGUGGGGGUGUUCAAUUGCCAAGGAGCCGGGUGGUGUAAGACUGGAAAGAAGAACCUCAUUCACGACGAACAUCCUGGAACCAUUACUGGAGUCAUUCGAUCCAAAGACGUUGAUUAUCUUCCAAGAGUCACGGAUGACAAGUGGAAGGGAGACACGGUUGUCUACGCUCACCUGCAGGGAGAUGUGGUCUAUCUGGCCAAGAAUGCUUCUCUCCCCAUCACGCUCAAGACCAGAGAAUACGAGGUCUUCACAGUGGUUCCGGUGAGGGGGCUGUCGAAUGGCGCUGCAUUUGCGCCUGUUGGCCUCACCAAGAUGUUCAACUCAGGAGGAGCGAUCAAGGGAUUGAAGUACGAAGCAGAGAAGGCGGGAAGUGUUGAGAUGGAAGUGCGCGGGUGUGGCACGUUUGGAGCGUACUCGUCUCUCAGACCUAAAAGAAUUGAAGUGGAUGCAAAGGAGGUUGAGUUCGAGUACGAGGAAGCAAGUGGGUUCAUCACACUUGCCUUGGGAGUUCCAGCCAAGGAGUCCUACCUUUGGAGUGUUGUUGUUCAACUAUGAACAAUCCAUUGUCGUUAUCAAGAUUGUUGCAUUGCUAGAUUUGGGGGGGUCCACAUACCUCCGAUGACUCGAUAGGAGUUUAUGGCGAGAUCAUUUUUUUCUUUUGCAUUCCCAUUAAUAAAUGCAGUUGAGAAUAAAUAAGAUUGAGCUUCUCAAUCUCAGUUUAGCAUUGGAGGAAACUGGAGAAAGGAGAUUGACAAUUUUAAGGAGGAAUUUGCUUUUGCAUUAUGAAAUAGUACAAGCAACUCCUUUGUUCUUAUUA